UGUAUAAGUAUAAGGUCGCAAAAACUUAUAAAGAUACCACAAAAUUCAUUACCAAAAAUGAGUGCCAAAUGGUUGCUUUUCUUGCGAUCAUUUCUCUUCCUGACACACCUUGCAGCAUUUUCCACACCCAUUCACAAGGCACCAGCACUGAACGGCACCAACGUUGUUGAUCGUCUAGCAUUGCUUGCUAUUAAAUCCACGAUUAAAGGUGACCCUCAAGGUCUCUUGACCUCAUGGAACCAUUCCAGCACUGAUUUCUGCCAAUGGCAAGGUGUUACAUGCAGCCUUCACCACCAAAGAGUCACCCACUUGAACCUCUCAUCUGGAGGCUUGAUUGGUACGUUGUCUCCUUCCAUCGGAAAUCUAAGCUUUCUCAGGGUCAUUCAGCUUUUUAACAACUCAUUUUCAAGUGAAAUUCCACCUGAAAUUGGGCGUCUCUUUAGAUUACGACAACUACGUCUCGUUUACAACUCUUUCACAGGAAACAUUCCAGCCACCAUAAUGAACUGCUCCAACCUCCAAUUCCUUAAGUUGGGUUUCAAUAAUCUGGUCGGCAAGAUCCCAAAUGAAAUCGGGCGUCUCUUUAGAUUACAAGAACUAUAUCUUUAUAACAACUCUUUCACGGGAAACAUUCCGGCCACCAUAACGAAUUGCUCCAACCUCCAAGUCCUUGACUUGGGUCUCAAUAAUCUGGUCGGCAAGAUCCCAAAUGAAAUCGGGCGUCUCUUUAGAUUACAAGAUGUUUGGCUAGAUAACAACUCUUUCACGGGAAACAUUCCGGUCACCAUAACAAAUUGCUCCAACCUCCAAGUCCUUAGCUUGGGUAGCAAUAAUCUGACCGGCAAGAUCCCAGAUGGGAUUGGUUCAUUGCCCAUGCUAAGUUUCCUCUCCCUUAACGGCAACAUUCUACAAGGCGGGGUUCCACCCUUCAUCGCAAAUCUUACAAUGCUUGAUACGCUUUCUCUCCGCAACUGUCAACUUGGUGGAAGCUUUCCCAACUUAUUCCACAGGCUGACUAACCUGAGAAGACUUUCACUGGCUGGAAACAACCUUAUUGGUACCAUCCCGCCUUCUCUUUAUAAUUGUUCAUCUUUAGAAGAACUGUGGCUCAACGAUAAUAAACUCACUGGUAGAUUACCCAAAAAUCUAGGUUCAAUAAUGCCUCAUCUUGUAGCACUUUGGUUGUCAAAUAAUCAUAUCCAAGGAAAUUUAUUGUCUAUCCCAGCAACACUUCAUGUGCUCAACUUGGUUUCUAAUAAUUUGUGGGGGGAAUUACCUUCUCUCUCAAAUGGUUCGUCUGCAUUAAUUUUGGACCUAUCAAAUAAUUCUUUUGUGGGAUCAGUACAUAAUUUGGUUUGUGCCAACGGUGUGAACAAGAUCGAAUUUUUUAGUUUGGGAUUUAAUCAGUUGUCGGGUGUUAUUCCAGAGUGUUGGGAGAAGUGGUCGAGCUUGAAACUCUUAUACUUAAGUGGUAAUAAUUUGUCUGGUGAGAUUCCAAGAACAUUGGGCUCUGUACCUUUGUUGCAAUUAUUGAACAUGCGUGGGAACAUGAUUUCAGGAAGCUUACCUUCUUCCCUAAUGAAUCUGUCAUACUUAAAGGUCCUUGACCUUGGAAGAAAUAAUCUUGCGGGAAUCAUUCCACCAUGGAUUGGAAUAAAACUCACUAUGUUGAAAAUUCUCAAUCUUAGAUCCAACAAUUUUUAUGGAAAUACUCCUGACCAGCUAUGUUAUCUUUCACAAGUUCAAGUCUUGGAUCUCGCUGAUAAUAACCUCUCAGGAAAUAUUCCUAGAUGCUUCAACAACUUUAGUGUGCUUUCCGGCAUAGAAAGUAAUUUAGAGGUUCAAUUAUCAUUCCCUCUUGACGUUGGCUCUUUUAUUGUUGGUGCUUCAUUGGUGAUGAAGGGACGAGAAGACACUUAUGGAUCUAUCCUUGGACUAGUCACGCUUUUGGACCUAUCGAGCAACAAUUUGUCUGGGCAGAUCCCUAGUGAGCUCACGACCCUCCACAACUUACAAUCACUAAAUUUUUCAAGAAAUCAACUGACAGGAGAGAUACCAAAUAAGAUUGGAGACAUGAAAUCACUAGAGUCUUUUGAUUUAUCAGUAAACAAUCUUUCUGGGGAACUUCCUACGAGUUUGUCAGGGUUGAAUUUCUUGGGUACCUUUAACGUGUCCUACAACAAUUUGAUUGGAAGAAUUCCAACAGGUACACAAAUUCAAAGCUUCAAUGAGUCCAGUUUCAUUGGAAACAAACUUUGUGGAGCUCCACUAAGUAAUGAUUGCGUACAUGCUGACAAACCCGAUACAACAAGCGACCAAAAAGAAGACGGUGGAUCACACAAUGUAGAUUGGGGGUUGAUUAUUAGCAUAGCGCUUGGAUUUAUUAUUGGGUUUUGGGGCAUUGUGGUUUCAUUAAUGCUCAAUAGAUCAUGGAGAAUCACGUAUUUCCGUCUCAUGAGGAAAUUGAUCAAGGUAUAAGGUUUAUGAUGUUAUGUAUAAGUAUUAUUGUGUUAUGUUUUUUAAGUGACCAUAAAAAAGCAGCUCCUAGGUCACUUGUUGUAGUUCCCCUGCAGUCUGCUUUUCAUAAAGCUUAUGUUUAUUGUUGUGUUUUUGUUCGGUUCUCGUAGGCUUGUUUUGUUAUGUCUUUCUUUGUGAUUGUUAAACCAGCUUCCCGCUGGUCCUUUUUCUAAUAAUAAUAUAUCAUCGUUCCAAAAAAA